GCUUUGGACUGUGAUUUCUGGGUGAUAUAGAUUAGUUUCGUAACUUGUCAUUUGGAAGAGAAAUGAUUGUUCUUACUUAAAUCCACAUUUCUGAAACCUCCGCCAACCGCUACCAGUUUCGUGCGAUCAUCUGGCAGCACGGAGCAUGUCCAAAUCGACAGACACUGUGGAACUGCUGAGCUCCGAUGACGAAGGAGAUCCGAAGAAACCUGCGAAUUCCCAAAAAUCCCAUCCGCUGGCUGAUACUAUAUCCCCGAAGCUGUUCUACCUGCAUCUUUACGAAGGCCAUUCGUCCAUAAAAGAAACAAGAAACUCACGAACGGGGCAGCUGCACAGCGCGAAAUGCAAGUUCUGCAAGAAGGCCAAAGGGAAGAUUGUUAAGGACUUUGAAUCGUACGGAAAGUUUAGGAUCCACGUUGUUUCUCAUCACGCACGGGAGCCAGUUGUAGAAGAUUUUAUAACUGCUCAUGGGAAAUCCACGUCUGACUUAGCGCAACCAAAGAUCGACAGUCUCAAGUGCGUAGAAAAGAAAGUCACGCCGUACAGUAACGACCACCGCCAGCAACGACUUCUAAACGAAUGUGUGGCGGACUGCCUUUUUUCUACCCUGAUUUCUGUGAACGCCAUUACAAAUCCGUGCUGGGACAGGCUGGUGAAGAAUUUCGACGAACGACUACAUUGGCCAACACGAAAAUACAUUGCUCGCCAUAUGAUACCGGAAUACGAUCGCGUAUACGUGGAUCUGCUGAAGAAAGAGCUAGAGUUCGUCGAUUUUGUGGCCAUCAACUGCGAUAUCUGGAGUAGCAAGAAACAGCGCGGCUACCUGGGCGUGACUGUUCAUUUUAUCGACUCGUCGUGGAACUUGCGGAAUCAUUUACUUGCGUGCACGCGCUUUGAAGGAAAACACGGAGCGGAGGAAAUUUUCAAACUGGUGAUUGAAAUACUGGAGAAAUUUAAUAUUCGAAAAAAAGUGAUUUACGUGGGCACUGAUAAUGGUGGCAACGUUGUAAAAGCUUUUGAAGACUGGAUGCCUGGUUUUAUGGAAGGGUUCUGUGAUGGGAAUAAUACGGACGAUGGUCCCAUUGAAGCAGUAGGCAAUGAGGAGCACGAUAUCGACUACCUUAGUCCCGAGGAUUUGGAUUCGGAUUCCACUUUAGCUAAGGAUGUAUGCGGUCUGCUAGAGCAAGAGUGUGUUAUCAACGGUAGAUCGAUUCAGUUGCGAUGUGUCGCCCAUACCAUGCAGCUGUGUUUGAAAAACCCAGUAAAAAAUUGUGGAAAGUUGAACGCCGUAAUUGAGAAACUCGCAAAGAUCGUUACUUCCGCGAAGAAGUCUCCGCAGCAAACGGAGCAGAUUGUGAAAGUCUUUGGACGUGAAUUUACCAGCCGCUGCGUUACCCGGUGGAACACUAACUACAAGAUGGUUCAGGUUGCAGUGAAGUACAACUGGGAAAAAGAUGGACUGAUAUUUAAAGAAAAGCACCGACUCACUACUGAAGAUGUGCGAAUUCUGCAAGAUUUUAUCAACGUGACGAGCACAUUUGAGCAGUUGUUUCUUAAACUGCAGAGCGCGAGUUAUCCCACCGUAUGUCAAGUUAUUCCGGCCGUUUACCUUCUGCGCAGAAAUCUUCAGACAUAUGCUGAUAAUCCGGCUAGCCUGCUGAAGUCGUAUGCUCGCGAUCUACUCACCGAAGUUAAUACUCGAUUCUGUAAUACUGAAAGUGACAGUGUUUAUAUUGCGGCAUUAUUCCUGGAUCCGAAUUAUAAAGCUGAACUGUGCGAUUGUGGGUUUGGGACGUUAACGGCGACCGAGAUGAAAGCGGUAGUGAUUGGCAUGAUGGAGCGAGUGAACUUGAAUAUUUCGCCUGUGGAAGAGCCUGUGUCACUGCCGUCAACAUCGUCAAACCUGUUCUCCGUUUUGAAAAAGCCGAAAUUAUCUGCAACUUUACAAACUUCUGCCGGUCAAGUCCUCAGCGUGAUUGCAGAGUAUGAGAUGUAUAUGUGCGAAGUCGAUCAGUCUUUCGGCGUCGAAGUGAAUCCUCUUGUCUACUGGAAAUCUAAAGCUGAUAAAUACAAACGUUUAUCCCGGAUUGCUCAACAAAUACUGUGCGCUCCCGCAACGACAGCAGGAGUGGAGCGGAUUUUUAGUGUCGCCGGAUACUUGCUUUCUGAACGUAGACUUCGUACUACGGAUUACAAUUUCGAAACAUUAUUGUUUUGCAGUCUGAAUCGUGAUCUAAAGCAGCGUGGUGAUAAGCGAACCAGUGAUGAGAUUUCUCGGUAG